AUGGUCUUGUUGCCAUACGUGCUGAUGUGUGUGCCAUUUGCUGCCAACAUCCUAACGUCCAAGGCAGGAGUGCCAUCCUUGUGGUUCGGCAGAAUGCAGAAGCACAAGGAUGUACAUCUGUUGGUCAGAGCUUUUGUUGAUCUCAAGGGUGCCUUCGACAGGACCAACAAAGAUGUUAUUAUGGAGGAACUCAUUUUCAAAGGUGUCAAAGGUAGAUUAUUAGGAUGGAUCAGGGACUAUUUGUACAAUAGAGCAGCACAGGUUUGGUUUCAAGGUGCAGUCUCCUCUGAGGAAGUCUUUGAGAUUGGGACAUCACAGGGUGGAGUCCUUAGUCCAAUGCUUUUCAAUGUUUUAAUGGACAAAAUUGCGCGUUGUUCCUUCCCGCAGGGCACCCAGGUCCUCAUCUAUGCUGACGACAUGCUCCUCCAAUGCCCCACACCCAGGACUCUCCAGUUAGCUCUGUCACAACUAGCAGCAUUGUGUGUUCAAAUGGGACUUGUAAUUAAUGAAUAUAAAACCAAAUUUCAAGUCAAAGGGAAGGUCUCUCGACCACCCACUGUAAAUAAUGUUCCCAUCUCUAGAGUUCAUACACACAAGUACCUAGGUGUACAGCUGAGUUUCAGGAAGUCACUCCACGCUGUACACUAUGUUCGAGACCUCUGUCUGCCACGGCUAGCGCCACUUCGGCUACUAGCAAACAGGGACCUGGGGGCUCGCAUUCCAGUCCUAAGGAUGUUCUAUAUAUCUGUCGUACGGUCCCUCAUUAAUUACGCAGCCCCUGUUUUAAUACAGUUUAGUGCCACCCAGCUCCGUCCCAUGGAGCUUGUUCAGAAUGAAGCCAUGAGAAUAAUUUUGGGAUGCCCAAGAACUGCUCGGACUGAGGUCCUCAGAGCUGAACUGUACCUGCCGAGUAUUAUGUGUAGGAUACAGGAAAUUACUUGUCGUACUGUUGGUCGGAUACUAUGCACGGGCUCCGAUUCUCUGAAGGGAUCACUGACCCCCCUGUAUCAUGAUCCUCGGACUCCUACAACUCCAUACUUCAGGAAGAUCUUGGGAGUUCUUACAAGUGCUUUUCAUGUUUAUAGUGAUGGAUCAGUCAAUGGCAGCAGGACCGGAAGUGGGCUGUUCAUUCGCGACUACAAUUCUGCCAAUCACUUCACUGACACUGAGGUUUCCAGGCGGCUUCCUUCACACAUGUCCUCCACUAGGGCAGAACUGUAUUCUCUUCUGGAGGCGCUCCAUAUUGUGGCGCCUCUCCAUAAGGAUGUAUACUUCUAUGUUGGCAAUCAGGCUGCACUGUAUGCUCUCCAAUCUACCUCCCCAAUGGACUGUGAUCUCAUCCACGCCCUAGAAGUCUUUGUCCAGGGGAAACACAAUUUCAGCACACAGCAGUACAGCGCCACACUGAGCAACACCGCCGCUACAGAACACAGUACAAUACAAUUGACAGAGAAACCGCACGUCACUUUCUUUCGGUUAUAUCACGCUACAGUCAACACUAAAGGGUGCAACUGGCUCUCGUAG